AUGUAUCCUUCACCAGAGAUCUGGCAUGACGAAACCGCCCUCGCCCUGUACUACCGCCUCCAUCCAAUCUCCCUUCAAGCCAACCCAGGCGUAGUCGUCGCGAGCAUCAUCGUCUCCCUCCUAGGCUCUUAUGCUACCCUGACGCUAUUGGGAAGGAGGACGGGCAUGCACGGGUGGAGGAAUCAUGUGAUCUUGGGAUUGAGCGUAGUCUGUUUUGCGACGGUGGCUGUCUGGGGAAUGCAUUUCGUGGGUGUCUUUGCCUGCUUCAACCUCCAACCAGCUCCCGACCUCCGAUGGUACCUAGAAUUCUCACCCGGAUUCACCGCCAUGUCCCUUUUCGUACCCCUUGUUGCGUGUUGGGCGGCGUUCUACUUCCUCGGAAAUCAGGAUGAGUUGAAGGUUUGGAGGAUCUGUUUGGCUGGGGUUAUGUGUGGGGGGAUGAUCGGUUUGAUGCACUAUUCAGCGUCGUUUCAACAGCCGCUGUACAACGUCGACUACAAGGCAUACACCAUCGUCCUAGCCAUCCUCAUCGCCAUGAUCGCCACCACCGUCGCCUUCUUUACGUUCUUCCGACUGAGGGCGCAUUGGGAAGAUAACUUCAUCAAGCGGACGGCUUGUGCGCUGGUCUUGGCGAUCGCUUUGACUGUCGUAUCCUCUGUGUUCCGCCUCUUCACAGCGGUGUCGGUCAUGUGCGGCGUCAUCGUCCUCAUCUCGAUCGGAUUCGCCGUAUGGGAUUACCUGUCCGAACGGGACAUCAGAUCCAAGGCGAGAAAGAUCGUCAUUGCCAGCGCGGCAUUCGAUAAGCAGGGCAGAUUGUUGGUCAGGCCGGAUGGACACCUGCCGAUGCACGUCAUCGAGAGUCAGGCGGAUCUGAAGGACGUUUUGGAGGAGCUGGACCCGCGCCAACAGACCUUCCAAUGGUUAUACUCUUUAUCGUUCAACUGGAAGAUCUUGAAUCCAUUCAUCCCUCGAAUUAGAAGCACCAUCGCCCGUCGACACGCUCACGUCGGGACCAAGAAGAAGGGAACGCAAACUAAAGCUGGAAAAGCGGAGGAACUCGUUCAAUUCCGAUCCAGAUUCAUCGAAGCAGCUUACGAGUUGGCUGAAGAGCUCGAGUUACCCUUGGAAAAGAUUGGCACCAUGUUCGAUCGUGUCUUGACGACCGGGACGAGGAAGGCUCAGGCGGAACACGAAAAGGAUCUAGCCCUGGGGAAGAGGACUUCGAGAGACGAUGAGAGCUCGAUCCAUGGUAUCACCUUGAACUUGCCCAAUUCAGAGGGUGUCAUGCUAUUCGUGGUCAGAGAGAUCGCCGAUGGUAAGGGCAUGUCGGCGGUCGAGCUGCCUCAAUCCGCUACGGGACCUGUUAUUGAGAGCAAUCAAGACAACAUCGAAAAGUACCUUAGCAAGGGUUACCGUAUGGCCGACGUCAAGUUUUUCAGCGGCAUCAUGGCCGAACGUAUCGGAGUGGGCAAAGCGGAGAUGGACGUUUACUUGAACGCCUUGAAGACUUAUGCUAAGCGAGGCUGCAAGCCCGUCGUCCAAGCUGGAGGAGUCUACCUUGGACUGUAUGGCGUCCGACCUAGUUCGUCUCGUCAAGGCGGGGUCGACGUGUUGGUCUACAACUUUGCGCGUCACCAGAUACCAGCCUACCGUCUUCCCGAAGUGUCGUACCCGGUCUCCACGAUGAUGAAGAGCUGGAUCCGCGAGAUCUCCAACAUGACCCUCUUCGAAGUCUUGCAGAACGCUAACAACGCCAUCGCUCGCGCCGAAGCGGAAGAACAGCGAGACUCGGAUCGCGAGUCUCAGAACUCGGAGGCCGAAGAGCUCUUGGACUUCCAGACUGCCCUGGCCAUCGCUGCCGAGGCUCUCGGGCAAGCUAUGCGAACCUGGCCGAAUCUGUACGGUAUCGCGAGAUUAUCGCCAGAAAUCCUUGAUAUGCCUUCCUCUAUCAACGACAGCACUACUCCUGCCCAGAUGAUCGUCUUGGAAGCUGUCCUUCCGUCGCCGAUGCAGGGGUUGACCCCAAGUGUCUCUCGAGCUUCUGUCAACAAGGGCGGAGAAGCUCGACCUCAGAUAAGCGACAAGCCGCCUCAACCUUUCGUCUUUACCCCAUACUGCUUGUUCUCCAUCGCUCAGGCACAGAUCUUGCAAGGCAAAACGUCUCACACUUGGGGGAAGGAAGUCACUACGCAGUUAGCCAAACUCUACAGUUCCGCCCCGACCGAUGUUUUGGCGGAAUUGGACGAGGCAGAGAAUCCCGACGCGGUUGAUCCCUUCACCAACAGCAACCGUCUCACCACCUUGAUAGAACAUCCGAACUUUCCUCAUCACAAGAAAGGCGGGUCGCAACGUGCUAAAGCCUUGCCGGGUCUUAGUCUUCUGGAUCGCAAUCGUCGCGGGUCCAACGCAGCCUCGUUGACCUCGGCCAACUACCAUGAAGAUGAGAUGGAGAAGGGGAUCGUUACCAGUCCUCGCUCUGAAUACGUCUUGGACGCCAAUCACCCGCCUAACUCUCCCACCUCGGGCGGACUGAAGCGUUUCCUCGGCAACAAGGGCACUCCUACUACACCCAUGACCAACGACCGCCAAGUUACGCUUGCGUCGCCUGCCCCAGCUUACUCCACGACUAUCGGCGACCAUGACGACUAUGCUUCAAUGACUGUCAACCCAGCUCGAGCUGGUACCGAUGGCUGGCACGCCCGAGCUAUGCGGACUUUGGAAAGGUCCGACCAAGGGGCUAGCUUAUUGGGCUGCCAGUGGUAGACCGCUAUACUCCCA